UUCAAGGUCUCAAGGCAGAUCAGCAUUGGGACGAAGAGGUCGCUGACAGAAAAGACACUUGGCAGAAGGAGGACAGGGAAUUAACACUUGCAGGGACAAUUCAUCUUUGCUGUGGAUAAGAGUUUAUCCAGAAUCUUUGGAUCCUCUCACACUAAUGUGGUUUCCCCUGACAAACUUAACCCUCCAAACCUUUGGGUUUAAUAGUGGAUGUCAGUACUCGGAGGGAAGAAACACAAGCUUGAUUCACAAGGAGCGCCCAGACAGAAUAAAUUCUUCAUUUGGUGGGAUAUACCAUACAAUAUACCCAAGAGUGGAGUGAAAGGUCAUUUUUGUUGACACCUUUCAUAGAUGGCUUUCACUGGUAUCCUGGUCUACUGGAAGCUAGAGGAAUAAAGAUCUGGAGCCAGAUCAAUUUCUGUGAACAAGAGGAAAGUAAUACAAGCCACAAGAAGACAGAACAAUACGUGUGUGCUCUGAAAACUAUAGAAAGGACUGGAACAGCUGUUUUACGGACCCCAAUUCAAUCCAGGCUUUUCUCAAAAGCCACACUGGAAUAGAGACAGAGCCUGAACCUCCUGUAAUACAUUCGAGGAUUUUACUGAUACAGUUACAGCAGACCAGGGUACCACCAUGGCCAUGACGGAGAGGAGACGAGUGGGCUACAGUGUCCAGCGAGAGGUCCUGGAUGAGGAAUCCGUGGACAAGAUAGCAGAGAAGUCUGACACCAAGAAGUCUUUGUCUGAGAAAGUCAAAGAGUCCAUGAGGUGCUCUGGUCCCAGGGCAAAGAGCUGCCUGCUGGGAUGUAUUCCCCUCUUCGCCUGGCUGCCUCGAUACUCCAUCAGAGACAAUGCCAUCGGGGACUUAGUCUCUGGGAUCAGUGUUGGCAUCAUGCAACUGCCACAGGGUAUGGCCUAUGCCCUGUUAGCUGCUGUCCCUCCAGUCUUUGGUCUAUACUCAUCCUUCUACCCGAUCCUUGUCUACUUUAUCUUCGGCACAUCCAAGCACAUCUCAGUGGGUACAUAUGCGGUGAUGAGUGUGAUGAUAGGAGGGGUGACGGAGCGGAUAGCUCCGGAUGCCAACUUCAUGAUAUGGGACAACGUGACUAACGGUACUAUAGUGGACAUCAUAGCGCGGGAUGCCGAGAGGGUCCGUGUGGCUGCAGCUGUCACCUUUAUGUCUGGCUUGUUCCAGAUCCUGCUAGGUCUGGUCCAGUUUGGUUUUGUGGUGACGUACCUGUCUGAGCCACUGGUAAGAGGCUACACCACAGGAGCAGCUAUCCACGUUAUUGUGUCCCAGCUGAAAUACACCUUUGGCAUCGGCCCCAACAGAUACAGCGGACCCUUCGCCCUGAUAUAUACUGUGAUAGAUGUCUGUUACCUGAUUCCUGAUACCAACAUAGGUACUCUAGUAGUCAGCAUCGUCUCCAUUGUUGGGCUUAUCAUUGUCAAGGAGCUCAACACAUUCCUGGGGAAAAGACUACCUGUACCCAUACCUGUGGAGCUGCUGGCGAUCAUUAUCGCUACAAUCAUCUCCUGGCAGGUAAACCUAGAGGAGAAGUAUGGAGUGGAUGUGGUAGGACUGAUUCCCUCAGGUCUCCAGCCACCUGUUUUCCCAAAAACCGCUCUGUUUGGCCAGGUGAUCGGAGACGCCUUCGCGCUCUCCGUGGUUGGCUAUGGGAUUGCUAUCUCCCUGGGGCGAAUCUUUGCCCUCAAAUAUGGAUACAAGGUGGACAGCAACCAGGAACUUAUAGCGCUGGGUCUGAGUAACUCCAUUGGAGGGGUGUUCCAGUGUUUCGCUGUCAGCUGCUCCAUGUCUCGUACUAUGGUUCAGGAGAGCACAGGAGGGAAGACACAGGUGGCUGGAGCUCUAUCGGCCAUAGUCAUUCUUUUCAUCACACUCUGGAUUGGUGCUCUCUUUGAAGACUUGCCCAAGGCAAUGUUGGCUGCCAUCAUUUAUGUGAAUCUGCAUGGAAUGAUGAAACAAUUCAUGGACAUCCCUGCACUCUGGAGGAGCAACAGAGUUGACAUGGUGGUGUGGGUGGCUACUUUCAUUCUGACCGUGCUGUUUAACCCUGAUAUGGGGCUUGCAGCUUCCAUCGGCUUCGCAAUGCUCACCGUCAUCUUCAGGACACAGCUGCCCAAAUACUCCCUCCUGGGGCAGAUCCCAGACACAGACAUCUACAGACCAGUGGAGGAAUACAAUCAGGUGAGGCAGAUACCUGGGUUGGUGAUCUUUCGCUCCUCGGCCACCCUCUAUUUUGCCAAUGCUGAGAUGUACCAAGACGCUCUGUCAGAAAAAUCAGGCAUAGACAUCACCAAGAGCCUUUCAGCCAAGAAGAAGUUAGAGGCGAAGAAAAAGAGGCAUGAGAAGAAAGAAGCUAAGAAAGCUAAGAAGGCUGCAAAGAAGAGAAAACAGGAGACGGAGGGAGAGCCAGAAAAGGAGGAGCAGAGAGACAUUGCCAUCACUGAGGUGGACAUCCAGGACCCCACCCUCCCCAGAGCCAUCAUUCUUGACCUCUGCCCAGUCAACUUCCUGGACACUGUGGGAGUCAAGGCGCUACGCAACAUCCAGAAGGACUAUGGGGACAUCGGUAUACAGGUGGUUCUUUCAGGCUGCCAGUCUGGGGUGGUAGAAAAUCUGGAGAAAGGAGGAUUUUUUGGUGACAAAGUGACAAAAUCCUGUCUCUUCAACUCUGUCCAUGAUGCUGUACUGCACUGUCAGUCUGCCAACAGUCAAACAGAAAGCCAAGAUGAGGAAAUCACCGCAACCCAUUUCUAAGCCCAGGAAGCCAGGAUGGAGUGAGGUACGAGACGGUGACCAAGAGGAUAUCUCUUGAGCAUCAAAUCACUGGGAAUUUUAUCUGUCAUGUGCACAGAGGAAUAAACCUGCAGAUGAGACACAAAGAAAUUAUAAUCAACAGGACUAACAGCAAAACAAAAAGCUACACAAUAAAUUAAACAUGUGCACGUAUGUGUCACAUACAGCUAGAACGGCUUGUAAAAGCAAUGCAGUGGACACCAUGUACACAUACAUUCAAACCCUCAUAGAAGUAAAUAGCAAUUGUUUAUUCAAUAAAAAUUAAGCUUCACUGUCUUGUCUUGUCUUGGUACCUAUAUGUACCCUGAAGCUGAAUUAUGCUCCACAUUAUGUUCUCACAUCCUCCAUUGUGGACUGAAGUUUUUAGGGGCUUUUGUUGAAUAAAACACUUUUAUUUAUGAAAGUAAUUUUAUUACUUUGUGCGAAAACAAGAAUUGCUUCUGUUUUACAAAUAUUGAACAACUAUAGAAAUGUUUUAUUUAUAGAAUGUUAAAACUACCAAUAUCUGUGAAGGUAAUACCUAAAAAAAAAGUUUUUGAAUUGUAAUUUAAAACAUACAGGCUGUUUCAUUUGCGUACCAAAGGAUGAGGAAUUUUCUUUGAAGACCUCACAUCUUGUCUUAGUGAUGCAAUGAAAUGUAACCUCAUGAUAUCUUUAACAUGUGAGUUUCAUUGUUGAUGAAACAAAUUGGAAAAAUGUAUAUGACCAUGGGGGUAUGUUCCAUUUGUUGACUAGUUGGAGCUUCUCAAUAAUGAGGAGAACAGUUGUACCUUCAAACUCAACGUUUAAUUUCUAUAAUGCUGUGGUAAAUUACAGGAGAUGUGAAGAAAGUGGACCUGUCUUGCAAAUCUAGCAGUGCGUACAUGCACACAAAACGUCAAGCUAGCCGAACAAAACACAAUGUCACUUCCGUUUUUUUCUCUUCAAAAUAAAGCAUAUGUCUAACUUAAAGCGAGACUUUUCAGAAUAAAAUAAAUCUGUGGCAAUACCGAAAUAUUAGCAUUACUUCAGCUCUUAUGUCGCCCUCUGUCGACAUCACAACUGCAACUAUUGUAAACAAGCAUUCCAACUGCAACAAUGUAUUUUCUUGCCCCUUUUACUUAAACAUGAAUUAACAUAUUUGUCUAUUUAUUCAA